UACCAUUCAAAAGCCCUGAAACUCCUGAAACAUGAGAAUGGAGAAAGCAGUCAUUUUUCUAUACCUUUGUAUUGUUUUCUCAGCAAAACGUUGCAGCUACUCAUACAGAGCGCUGGGCUCCAGAUGUUACUAUUUCAGUACUGACACAGCAACGUGGGACGAGGCUUACGUAAAUUGUAUUCAUAAAGGCGGAUAUUUGGCGAACCUGGAAACUCUAGACGAAUACCUAACUAUGCGAUACAAGCUUGCAGGAAUGAAAAAUGGCCAGAAUUAUAGCAUCGGAGGACGAGAUUUUAAUCGCCAGGUGAAGGACGGAGACUGGAGAUGGGUAAAAGCUAGUCAAAAUUCUAAGAUGGCAUACUUUGCAUUUGGGCCAGCUGAACCAACUGGUACCAAAGGAUCUCCAGAGCUCUGUAUAUGGUUACACGCUAGCUACCAAUAUCAAUUUAUAGACAUUCCAUGUACCACUGUCGCGCGAUACAUAUGUGAAAAAUAAAGUUUGAAAAAGCA